CUUAGUACUGCUCCAAUAAUUCUCCACAUUACGUCGUCGCGUCUCUUGAGCUACCCUCAUCAACAAGUUCUCUAAACAACUUGAAGGCCACCAGAGAUCUCUCGACCCUUGCCAUGCCACCAACGUCUCCGAUCACCAGCUCGCCACAAUCAAGUGGCGAAGCGGCACUUCUUGAACCUUACACAUACAUAGCAGCCAAUCCUGGAAAGGAAGUCCGAGGAGAGAUGAUCGCAGCUUUCAAUACCUGGUUGCAUGUUCCCGAGGAUAAGCUUCACAUUAUCGCGCGUAUUGUCAGUAUGCUUCAUAACGCCAGCUUAUUGAUUGACGACAUCGAAGAUGACUCCCAGUUGAGACGAGGUCAACCCGUGGCGCACAAGAUUUACGGGAUCCCACAGACGAUCAAUGCAGCCAACUAUGUCUACUUCCUAGCUUUUCGAGAGCUUUUCUUGCUGAGACCGUCCUCGACUGGACCACAAUCUACUUCCGCAGAUUCGGAGGGAGGACAACGACCUACGACCAUCUCCGAGACUCGGUUGUACACAGAUAACGAGGUGGACCAGAUAGUGACAGACGAACUACUCAGUCUGCAUCGAGGGCAGGGUCUGGAUUUGCUGUGGAGAGACUCACUCCAAUGUCCCACCGAAGACGAAUAUAUCUCUAUGGUCAAAGACAAGACGGGAGGUCUGUUCCGAGUGGCCACUAAACUGAUGAUGGCGUGCGCAACAACGAACGUUGCUGUCGAUUACAUCCCGCUAGUCAACCUAAUCAGUGUAUACUUUCAAAUACGGGACGAUUAUAUGAACCUAGAGAGCACCGAAUAUACGACCAACAAAGGCUUCGCAGAAGACCUCACGGAAGGCAAAUUCUCUUUUCCGAUCGUUCAUAGCAUCCAUGCCGACAUGUCAAACAGACAAGUUCUGAAUGUUCUCCAGAAACGCCCGACCACACCCACUCUAAAGACACAUAUCAUCUCUUAUCUAAGGAAGGCGACCAAGUCCUUCGACUAUACAUUGGAGAAGCUGCAGACUCUUGAAGCGGAGAUCAGAGAAGAGAUCCAGAGGCUUGGAGGAAAUCCUAGGUUGCAGGCCCUGUUGGAUUUGAUUCGCGUAUCGAGCUCAAAGUCCGAGUAGUUCAAUGGACGUCUUGAUGCUCCCAGUCGGUCUCAUCGUGGACUUUGUGCUUCUGUUUUUGCUUCGUCGCUCUAUGUCACUCGCAUAAUGUGUACUAGUAAUUUUUCUUGAAUCUUAGUCUUUCUUUUGGCCCC